GACAGCGACAAAGUGAGUUCACUUCCUACCCGUGAGGGGAAAUUCAUCUUCACAGCACCAAAGACGCCUGGAGGCUGCAUUCCACGUCUCCAAGACCUAAGCCACUUCUCACUACAGGAUGAGCCGCUUCCCAACCCAACUGCUACUCCUGGCACUAACAGGGCCCUGCCUUGCAGGAAAGGACCUGGAAAUGGUGAGAAGAGUGCAGGGAGGCGCACUCACUGCAGUGUGUCACUACAACCAACACAAGUAUUCACAAAGGGAGAAAUUUUGGUGCAAGGAGCUGUCAGACUUGGAAUGCCGCACCAUAGUCCAGAGCUCCCCCGCAGCGGGAAGGAAUUCUCUAAACCCUCCAAAUGCAAGGGUCAGCCUAGAAGACUUGGGAAUUGGCUGGAUUUCUGUGUCCAUGACGGAGCUCCGGGUAGAGGAUUCGGGAAUAUACUGGUGUGGGGUUUCCGAUCAUAUGAAGAUUAUCCCAUUGAAAAAGAUAAAAGUGGCAGUAUCUUAUGAAGCUCCCAUGAGGCUAUCUGCCAAAAAAGGAGGCUCCAUCUCCCUAAAUUGUUCUUAUUUUGUGAUGGACAACAGCAGAAGACCUAAUAAUUUUACCUGGUGCAAAAUGAUAACCGCAACCAGAUGUGAACCUGUCGUCAGCGUUAAGUUCGAUCAGAUUGUUAAUACACAAGGAAGGACCAGGAUAAAGAUCGACCGGUGGAACAGAGUGAUUAUAGUGACACUGGUGGCGCUCCAGCUACGUGACUCGGGGGACUAUCAUUGUGAGACCCAUCUUCAGGGAAGUACCGUGCUACUGAAGAUGACCACACUGAAUGUUUUGCAAUCUUAUGAUAGGACAGCUUUUUUGACUACAUCCUGUCCCACUGACAACAUAGAAGCCAUCCUCCCAACUGCUUCCAGGAAUGAUCAGCAGAGCUGGUAUUCUGAGGUCAAUCUCAGUGUUCUCUGUAUCAUGACUGGAUUGCUGGGCGCUAAAUUCCUGACAGCACUCCUGAUCUUUAUCGUUGCCAGCAAAAGGAGAAGCAAAGCCACAGAGCAGGAGAACCAUGGCCAGCCGGAACAAACACUAGCUCCUCCCACUCACAGGACUAAAGCAAGGAAAGGAAAACACUAGUAAGACAAGGAUGUGAUGGAAGGAAGAGAAGUAGGCAAAGAAAAAGAAUUCCAAGAGUCUUUCCAGCCAAGCUCCCAACUCCAGCACUUAUACAUAUACAUGCAGAGAUACUCACACAGAUAUUGACACCUGCAGACACACACCUCCUUCGGAUGAGAAAGUUCUGCUCAGUUUUCCCAGUGCCUCCAGCCAUGACAGAUAAACCUUUGCUUGCUAAACCCUGUUUUACCUGCAAAGCUAAUAGAAAAUGUCUAGGUGCAAAAGGAACUAAAGAUACAGCAUUUGGCAGUGCACACACUUAAUUCCGGAGAGAGACUUGGAGUGUUGCUUCUGAGCCAUCAGGACCAAUGUCCAGGGGCCGCAAUGGGAUACAUGCAUUACUCACACAUAGGAUGCUAAAAUAAAAGGCAUUGUUGGGCGUCAGAU